GCGCGUUAACUGUGCUGUUUUGCAAGCUGACCGUAUAAAGAUUUGAUUCCAAGUUAAGUUGGGGUGAAAGCGAAGAUGGGUGUGGAUGAAGUAGGGCUUGUCGGCAAAUUGUAGAUUCUUGUGUGCGGUUUGAUAUUUUAAAGGGAGGGGUUUUUGUUUGCUGAUAAAUGGAGAGUCACGAUCAGGCUCAUUAUUAUCCUGAUGGAAACUUAAUAAUUAGGUGACUGAAAAGGAUGUAGUGGUGUUAAUUAAUGAUAUCCUUUUUGACAAGUCUUUUUUUGAAUGGUUGUAGUUAUGGACUUAUUCCUUCCUCUCUUAGUCAACCAUUCUUUGUUGUUGUCUUUAUUUGCUUUGGGGAUAACCGACAAUUUUGCAAUUACUCAUGUUUUUUCUUCUUUUUAGUUGAUUACUAUUUCUUCUAUGGAGUGCAAUGUAAAAUGGAUGAUGUUUGGUUCAAAGGAUCCCAAAACAGAUUCGGGAUCCUUCAAUUUCUCAGGUUUUGACACUGUUGGUGUUUAUGACUUUGAUGACGUGGACCCUACUUCUGACUCCAAACCAUCCAACUUCACUUUUCAUGUGGAGAAGUCCAUAGUUAAGCUAUCUACAACUUCACCACCCAUGGACGCCUAUGAUGGACCUUUCAAACUUGGCAAGCGAACAUUCGAAAGCAACAGUGGUGAAAGCAGUGUUGAUCUCCCGUCCUUCUCCAUCUCCCCUAUAUCAUCUCUUAUUGCACCAAAGAAAACAAAAUUCUCUACUCACAAUCCACUAAUUCCGCACUGUCAGGUUGACGCCUGCAAUCUUGAUCUCUCUUCAGCUAAAGAAUAUCACCGAAAGCAUCGAGUUUGUCACACUCAUUCCAAAUGCCCAAAGGUCAUCAUACUAGGUGUCGAGAGACGCUUUUGUCAGCAGUGUAGCAGGUUCCAUAGCUUGUCUGAUUUUGAUGAAAACAAGCGAAGCUGUCGCAGGAGGCUUUCUGAUCACAAUGCACGCCGCCGCAAGCCACAGCAGGAAACUAUCCAGUUUAACUCGACAAGGCUUUCUUCGUUGUUUUAUGAUAAUAGGCAAUCGAUGAAUCUUGUGUUCAACAAUGACCCCCUUGUUCACUCUAAACCUACUGCAGAUUCUACCUGGGAAACCUCUGAAGUUUCCAAGUUCACAUUAACAAGAGGGUUAACUUUAAAGCCCUACAAAGCUGACAGUAUUAAUGGGCAAUCACUUGUGGGGGGAGUCAAGCUUUCAGGGACCACUGAAAUGCGGAACAAUGCAUCUAACUUGUACUCGGUGUCCAAUGGCACGACAGCUGAGGUCUUAAGUCAAGGUGUCAAGGAGACCACGUUCUCUCUAAAUAUGGGUGUGGCGCCAGAAUUACCUCGUGCUCUCUCUCUUCUGUCAAAUGAGAAUGAAUUUAUUUCAAUUGGCCACUCAACGCAUGUAAACCAGAUCAUCAUACCGGAGCAGGUGAUGCAUGCAAUUCCUCAGAGUUUGCCAUUUGAGUCCACUGAACACUGGCAAGCUGAAACAACAUCUAUUCAAUCCACACAUUCAUACUUUGGUUGCGAAUGGUCACAGUGGUGAUAGCUUUCAGGAAAUCCAGCUUUCCAAAGAUCCAUUUGACGAUUCCUAUAUGUCAAUGGAUUGAACUGCACGGUAGAAUAGUCAGCCUACUCUCAACAUUGAAAUGGAUCUGAUUUCAAUUUUUGCUGGCUCUACUUUUUCCAUUUAAGCAGUUGUUAAACUGACCAACCAGAUGGUUCAUAAGUAGGGUAUUGGAAGCAGCCUUUCAGCCUUACACAAGUGCAUGGAGCUCCAGAUGUUGAAAGAAAGCUUUGGAUUGAAAAGUAUGCUGUAGAUUUAUUUGCUUAAUAAAUCAACAUGGGUUGUUACUUGUUUCUGCACUUUAACAUGAUAUUACGACAAAGAUCUAAUGUAAUGUAUGAUAGGCAAAAACGCCGAGAUAGUGAAUUUGUCUAUCUAAAUGGUUCUGAUAUGGGAUUCAGUUGAAUCAGAUUUUACCUUCACCUUGAA